AUGGCUCCAUCUCAUGAAGAGCGGAUUAAAUCUUUAAAAGCUAAACGCGAAGCCUUCAGCAUCGAGUUGCAAGAGCUCAAAGACAUGUUAAAUGACCCUGAGGUAUUUGCGCACGGCCGCGACAUUCCGUACCGAGAAAUUGGAAUGCGUCUAGAGGACAUACAAAACGAAUACGCCGCAUUCGCAAAAAAUCAGCAAGAUCUAGACACCGCGGACGAAACAGGAGAUUUAUUGCGCGAGCGAAUGAGGUUAAAAUCACUUUAUACGCAGGUGCGAGCACAAGCCUUAGACUUCCUUCCAAGCAACAACGUCGCGAGUGCAGCCACCCAUAUACCUCAUGGUGAUGUACAAAGUCAGCCGUCACCGUAUUCGCAAAUCGAGUUGUUAGAUUUAGACGUACACCUCCCAAAGAUAAAUUUGCCAUUGUUUUCUGGACAGUACGAAGAAUGGCCGGGUUUUGCCGACCAAUUUCGAUCAACUGUUCGCGAAAACCAGAGAAUAAACGAUUGUAAACAGCUCAUGUAUCUCAGAUCGUGUUUAAAGAACGAAGCGUUAAGGGCGAUAGAAUCACUCAGUAAUUCAGCAUCAAACUAUGCUGUUGCAUGGAAUAUCCUGCAGAAACGAUAUCAUCAUAUAGCUGUUAACCGAUCAACACACCGCGAAUUAAGACCCUUUUUAAAUUCUAUAGAGGCUCAUUACCGUUCACUACAAUCCCUAAACCAGCCGACCACCGAUUCUCUCUUAAUACAUUUAUUACUUUCAAAAAUCGACAAGGAUACAGUUUUGAAAUGGAAGGAGCAUACCUGCAAUGAGCAAUUUCCUUCGAUCGAGACGUUCUUUGCCUUCCUACAUGAAAGGUGCCAAAUUUUAGAGCCCUUCGGAAACACAACCAAUUGCCAGACAUCGUCCAUCCCCAAUCAUAUACCGCGUCACCAACCACUUCGCCGACCACCGCCAAGACCCUUUGUUCACAACACACACACCCAUACAUCACAGGUAUACAACGUCCAGACACCUACGAUCUCAUGUAACUUCUGCAAGGGUUCUCAUUAUCCGCAACAAUGCGAGACAUUUCUACGCUUAUCCAUCCCCGAUCGUAUAAAAUUCGCAAGAACGAAAAACUCGUGCUUGAACUGUCUUCGUUCAACACACCGCACGAGCGAGUGUAGAUCCACCACAUGUCGAAGAUGCUACCAAAAGCAUCACACGUUACUUCAUCAAGAAGUUGCGUCAACCUUAGUCGCGCCCACCCAAGUGAAUGCCACUUGUCUCAAAGCUAGCACACCUUCGCAAAUACUACUGGCGACGGCCGUAAUCAAUGUCAUUGAUAAAUUUGGACAACCGCAUCCGUGUAGGGUAUUAUUAGACUCAUGCUCCCAAUCACAUUUCAUAACAAAGAGGUUCUUCCAAAGGCUACAGCUUGCCACCAAAUCAAUCGCGAUUCCGAUCAAUGGAAUGAACGACAUGACCUCAGUCGUUAAAGCGCAAACCACUGCCCAGAUCCAAUCGCGAUAUAACAACUUCUCGAAAACUUUCACCAUGCUAAUUGUAGAAGAAAUUUCGCAAAGACUACCUGCUCAUCAAAUAGAAAAAUACUCAUUAAACAUACCCGCGAACACUUACCUGGCCGACCCUCAGUUCUACGAGCCCGCAGGUAUCGACGGACUGUUAGGAGCACAGGUAUUCUGGGACCUGUUGUGCUUGGGCCAAAUCACACUCAAUGAAAAGACCAUGAAACUACAACAAACCCAAUUAGGCUGGAUAAUAACAGGGGAAGUGCCGAUAAAAGGCACGCAUAAAAACACAAUUUGCAAUCUAUCAAUGGAAACGCUAAAUAAUAACAUAAAUAAAUUUUGGGAAUUGGAGGAGCGCGUACCGGAAAAGUUAUUAUCCAUAGAGGAACAAAAUUGCGAGACACAUUACAUUAAACGUACACAGCGCGAUCCAGUCACAGAAAGACAACUCGACCGUAGUCCAGAAAUGAAGGUGCAAUAUAUAAAUUUCAUGAAAGAAUACGAGCAGCUAAAGCAUAUGUCCAAAAUCUCACACCACCCGAACGAAGGAUACUUUUUACCUCAUCACGCGGUCACGAAAUCAGACAGCCUAACCACUAAAAUUCGUGUGGUUUUCGAUGCCUCGGCAAGAUCCACCUCAGGAAUCUCACUAAAUGAAACUUUGAUGAGUCCAACGCAUGCCAUCGAAACCUACCAGCUAAACACGGUUACGUAUGGUACGGCAUGCGCGUCAUAUUUAGCCACACGGUCCUUAUUGCAACUUGCUGAAGAUGAAGAAAAGGUACAUCCCGAAGCAUCAAAGAUACUAAAAACCGACUUUUACGUGGACGACUUGUUAACCGGCGCCGACAAUCUAGGGAAGGCGCAGCGUAUUCGCGAUGAACUCAUCGCACUCACAGCAAAGGGGGGCUUUCAACUCAGACAAUGGUUGUCGAAUGAACCGCAAUUAGUAGCGCCAUUGCAAAAAUCAGACGAUCCGCUCAUGACUCUUGAUCUCUCAGAUGAGAAAAAGACGCUAGGUCUUUAUUGGCACCCCACACAGGAUACACUUGGCUACACUUUAAAGGGCAACGAACCCUUGAACACCGUAACGAAACGCACUAUUUUAUCUAGAAUUGCACAACUAUUCGACCCGCUAGGAUUAAUAGGUCCAAUAAUUGUCCAAGCAAAGCUUAUUAUGCAAAGCUUAUGGAAAAUAAAACAAACCUGGGAUGAACCGCUUCCCAUCGAAAUUCAUUCAACCUGGGUAGAUUUUCAAGCGCAACUACAUUUAGUACGUCAGUUUUCUAUUCCGCGACGAAUUGUAAAGGACAAUUGCAAAUCUAUGCAAAUACAUGGAUUCUGUGACGCGAGUGAGCGCGCGUACGGUGCAUGUAUAUACCUCAGAACGACUACUACCGAUGGAAAUUAUUAUACCUCACUAGUUUGUUCAAAAUCUCGCGUCGCACCUCUCAAAACGCAAUCAUUACCACGUUUAGAAUUAUGUGCAGCACUGGUAUUAAUUAAUUUGUACAAAAUCACCAGUAAAGCUCUAAGAAUACCAAUAGAAAAAACUUACUUUUGGACAGACUCCAUGAUUGUAUUGCAUUGGAUUAAUUCUCAACCUCACACAUUAAAACAAUUCGUUGGAAAUAGGGUAAGCGAAAUUCAGCAGCACAGCAAUGCAGAGCUCUGGCGUCAUGUACCAUCAAAGGACAAUCCAGGGGACAUACUCUCUCGAGGGGCAAGUCCAUCUGAACUAAAUAAAAAUCUAACAUGGAAAAAUGGACCACAUUGGCUCUCACUAAAUGAAGACCAAUGGCCAAUCACAAACUUGCAAUCCAUAGACAUCCCUGAAACGCGUAAAAUUACUAUAUUAUCAAACACGCUUGCCGAAACCCCUAAUAUUUUCGCAAAAUUUUCAAAUUUUCAACUGCUAACACGCGUAGUAGCAUAUUGCAUCAGAUUCUACCACCAUUCACUAAAGAAAACAAAACACAACGGGCAAUUAACUACAGACGAACUAAGGAGCUCUCACGAUCGUAUAAUUAGACUAAUUCAACUACAAGAAUUCCAUAAUGACCGCAAGGUCCUGGAAACGCAGGUAAACGAUAAAUCCUACAAAGGGCGCCUUGCUGCGCUCCACCCAUUCAUAGACGCGUGCGGUCUCCUACGAGUAGGCGGUAGACUGUCUCACGCGGAUCUGACGUAUGAUCAGAAGCACCCUUUGCUUCUUCCACAAAGGCACUCGGUCACAGAGUCAAUCAUCCAACAAUACCAUUUAAAGCAAGGACACGCGGGUGUCCAAGCCACUCUUAAUGCGGUACGGCAAACUUAUUGGCCGAUAAGCGGGAAAACCGUAGUGAAAACAAUGAUCCGUAAAUGCGUAAAAUGCUAUCGUGCAAGGCCUACUAUUCCGGAAUAUCCAAUGGGAAAUUUACCCAAGGAUCGCGUCACCCUAAAACGCCCAUUCUUAACUACUGGCAUCGAUUACUGUGGGCCAUUUCAUAUCAAGGAAAAAAGGUUAAGAAACACUAAACAAAUUAAAUGCUAUGUAGCAAUUUUCAUUUGCCUUGCAACGAAAGCAGUUCACAUUGAAUUAGUGAGUGAUUUGAGCACCGACGCUUUUCUCGCGGCAUUGCGCAGACUCUUUGCUCGUCGAGGAAAAUCCACCGAUCUAUAUUCAGACAAUGCAACCAACUUUGUAGGCGCGAAUCAUAAUUUACAAGACUUACACGAGCUAUUACAAUCCAAGACUCAUAAUGACUACAUAAAGCAUCAUCUCGCAAAUGACAAUAUCAACUGGCACUUCAUACCCCCCCGGGCUCCCCAUUUCGGCGGUUUAUGGGAAGCCGCAGUCAAAUCUUUCAAAUACCACCUCGUUCGGGUAUUAGGUAACACGCUCCUCACCUACGAAGCUUUCAGCACGUGCAUAAUAGAGAUCGAAGCCAUCCUUAAUUCUAGACCUAUAACACCUUUAUCCUCAAACCCUACCGACUAUACUGCCUUAACCCCAGGUCAUUUCCUCAUCGGCGAUACAAUAACUAACAUACCUGAGCGAGACCUUUCAGCAGUCAAUACGGGCCGAUUGGCGCUAUGGCAGCAUAUCCAGCAAAUUAAGCAACACUUUUGGGCGCGUUGGCGCAAGGAAUACUUGAAUGAGCUAACGAUAAGGCACAAAUGGCAUCAAGUCAAAGAGGCAAACAUCCAGGAAGGGCUGUUGGUCAUCAUCAAGGAAGAUAAUCUCCCACCAUUGGCCUUUGGGACGCAUCGUAGAAAAACACCCGGGCAAAGACGGAAUCACCCGAGUUGUGACCAUUAA